AUGUUGACUGAAAACAGGACGUUCUCCACCAUGAGCGCCAAACGGAAGCGCUUAGAAGACACCGCGGAGAACUCUCCUCCCGAAGGCACACCCACCCCAAAAAGAAGAAAAGGAAGAAUUUCAGCCAAAGAACGUGAGCGAAUAGCCCAAGAAAAUCGCAAAGCUCAGGGAGUUUUUGAUGUGCUUAGGCAACACACUGAUAGUGAGAAUCGUCAACCGUCUGAGAAAUUCAUACGAACGCCGUCUAGAAGGACAGAACCUGACUACUACAAGCAAGUGAAAUCUCCUAUUGAUCUUACAAGAAUCCAGCAAAAAUUGAAGACUGAGGAGUAUCUCACGUUUGAGGAAUUUUGCAGAGAUGUCGAGCUGUUGAUGGAAAAUACGCGAAUGUAUUAUAAGGUCUUUAAUUAUCUCUCACUAUUGUUUAUCAUGUAG